AUGGCUGGAUCUUCCAAGACAAACAGAAAGGAAGGGAACGUGCCCGUCGAGCAUGAAUGUCCGCUGAAUCUUCUUCCUCGCGAUAUAUGGGUGAGGAUUGCCACUAAGGUUGCAUCGAAUUCGAUUCAUGAUCUGUUCAACAUGCAGGCGAGUUGCAAAGUCUUUCUGGAUGCAGCGAGUUCCGAAGUUGUGUACCAACAUGUGACGAUGCGUGUUAUACCGUUAAUGUCCUUUUUAUUUUACCUUGACCGGCCGGAGAGGAGGUUCAUCGAUCGCUGCGUUGAGGCAGGAAAUGUGGACGCUAUACUCCGACAGGGGCUGACGGAGUAUUUCUGGAUUGCCCGUCGUGGCAUUGGGAUGGAACUGCUUUCUAGGGCCUAG